AACUCUGGGAGAGCAGCUGGAACCUCAUGGUGCCCCAACUCUUGGUUGAAGGAGGAAGGCAGAGGAACUGGUAUUUUUUUCUGGUCUUACUUUUUGGACUUGUCAGCCUUGUGGACUUCUACGCACACCUCUUCAGCUAUGAGUAGAUCAAUAGGUCUUAAUAUCUGUGUGGUCACUUGCUGCAUCCUGCUCUUAUCCUCUAGCCCACCAUGCCUUGCAUAUCCGCUGCUGGAGGAGAGGGACAUGACAAAAGCCCAGUACAGGUCAUGGGCAGGGAAUGAGGUAGAAGAUGAAAGGACAAGCAUGCCAAACUUAAUGAACAAGCUGAGCCCUUCUGAGCAAGCCCUCUCUGAGGAGCCAUCUGGAGCAUCAGCAAAGCCAUCUGGGAUGCCCCUAAGUGAAGCUUUCACUUCUGAAAGAGAAAUGUGGCCUGUAAGCCCAAGCCGUACCUUCCUAGGCAGCCAGGGUCUGGAUGUCAGCACCACCAUGCCUGGGGCACUGGCUGCUGUAGAAGAGGAGCUCAGUCCCACCAAGUCAGAACUGAAUGAAAAUGGAGAGUUCAAGGCCAUGCUGACUACAGCUGUGACCACCCUGAGCCCUCCUGUCCAGGAGGAACCCAUCAGUGUGACCACCACAGAGGACUGUGAGGUGGGGCAAAGCUCUGCCAGCCUCCUGGCAAACCCUCCUUCUGUCACAGCUGCCGCAGAGGAGGACAUAGCAGAGAGCAGCUUGUACCCCUCAGCUGCACCUCAGCCCCACAGUGAGCAGGUGCCCACGUCACAGCCCAGCACUCCCAGCCUGGAAAGGGCAAGUGACUACCUCAUCAUCCCAAUGGCACAGGCCCCGAGUGAGAGUUUUGAGGUGGGAAUGCCAGAAGCCAACACAGGCAGUGCUCCGAGGUUAUUGGUUUCACAAGGAGCCACUGCUGCUAACCAUCCCCUUGUGACCACUGAGGCCUACCUUCAUCUGGGGGCAGACACAACUGUGGGGCAAGGAGAGCAGCCCAAUGCAGCAAGCACUGCCUCCAGCCUCCCUGCUGAUUCCAUGUCCCCAGACUGGGAUGACACCAAGCUGGGGAGUGCAAGUCAAAGGGAAAGCACGCAGCAUGAGGAGAUGGGAGAGGACCAAGUGGCAACAGAAACAUCUCAGAUCCCACUGGGAGAUAUGGAGGAAGAGGAGGAUGAUGUGACAAGAGUGCUGCCAUCCCCAGCAUCUGCUCCACCAACUCCAGGGCUUAUGAAGGAGAUCAACUGCACAGCCCCUGCAGCAGUGCAUGAGGAAGAGGUACUGGUUGCUUCCACGGCCAGCAGUGAUGUUUCCUUCACAGGGGACUUGCCAGAUGUAGACACAGGUGGGCUGAACUCUCUGGAAAACAUGGUCACAGCAGAAGAGAAGAGCAUCCUUCCUUCACAGCCAGAGGCUCCUGUGAUGACAGACAUAACACCUGAUCUCUCCUCUACUCUGGAGAGCUCACUGGAAGGCCUUACUCAGGAGGUGACAACUAUUGCCCAGGAGUCGGCUUCUGCUGCUCUGACAGCUGUGACACUGCUGCUUGCUCCUGCCCAGGGGACAGGAGCUGCAAGCCUUCCCCAGGAAACCAGUGGGGAGGACACCCAGAUGCUAAGUGCCCCUGGUGCCACCCAGAUGCUGACAGCUGCAGGCACCUCCACAGUGAGAACUUCGGGUGUGGAAGAUCUCACAGACGUGGUCCUGGUCACUGGUGAGAAGGCUGUUUCAUCUCUGGGUGGAUUGCUGGCUACACAGUCUGAGCAAACAGAGGAACCAUCCAGCAAAACAAUGGUCCUGGUGACUCCAGCAUCAGUGGCAUCAUCUGUCAGGAGAACAGCUCUUCCAGCUGUGAGGAAGAUCAGUACAGCUGUAACCUAUGGGUUGGAUCGGCUGGAGUCAGAAGAGGCCGAGGAAGAGGAAGAGGAUGAAGAGGAGGAGGAAGAAGAAGAGGAGGAAGAGGAAGAUGAAGAGGACAAAGAGAUAGAUUCUAUGGAUGAAAGCAUGGAGGGUGACACAGAGCUGCCGGGCUUCACACUUCCAGGCGAGACCUCCCAGGAGCCCAUAGCUGGCCUGGAGAACCCUGCAGCACAGCUGGCCGGGGUGUCCUACCAGGUUCCUGAUACCAUGGAGUGGGAACAGCAGAACCAGGGUCUGGUGAGAAGCUGGAUGGAGAAGCUGAAAGAUAAGGCAGGAUACAUGUCAGGGAUGCUGGUUCCUGUAGGAGUCGGGAUAGCUGGAGCCCUCUUUAUCCUCGGAGCACUUUACAGCAUUAAGAUUAUGAGUCGCCGGAGGAGGAACGGCUCGAAGAGGCAUAAAAGAAAGCAGAGGGAAUUUAACAGCAUGCAAGACCGAGUAAUGCUCCUAGCCGACAGCUCUGAAGACGAAUUCUGAAUUGAACUGCAGUGCCCUUGUGAUAUCCAGUGACUUGUAAAAGGAGGAAGGGGAGGAAAAGAAGAGAAGAGAAGGAAGAACUUUCUGCUGCAUCGCUGCUCUCAGCCACCCCAAACACUGAGCAGUGGUUGGUACCACCCUGUCGAACCAGCAUGCUAUGCUCUACAUGUACUGCGCAGUGAUGUUUGUUUUGAUACAGUAGUGAGAUUUCACAUUUGCACCCGGCGCCUCACUCAGAUCCACAGCACAUCUUGUUGCAGCUGGAGCUGAUCUGUACGGAUGAUUAUUUUCCUAUUAUCCUGGUGUACUAUUUCAGACCUGGCUGGCAGUAAUCUAAUCAUAACAAUAGCUCUCACCUAACCCGGGAAUGGAAAUCUUUACUGUGAAUGACUUCUGUCCAAUUUGUUAAUUUUAAAUGUUAACAUUACCUGAGCUAGAGUUCAUUAGUGCUGAGAUUAGCUGCUCUGCUUAAUUAAUGAAUUACCCACUUGAACUGUAUCCCUCAUCACCUGAGAAGUGCCCGAGUACAGUGUUGUUGAUACAGUUUGAAGCACAUUUCUACGCUCAUUUUCCCACUUCCCACCUCUUCUUUUACAACCUCUGCCUUUAGCUCUGCUCCUCGCUUCUUGGAAACACGUGGGAAUGGCCUCAACUCUUGAUUCAUGACAAAAAUUUUAGUCCAUUUUCUACCAGCACCGUCUGUUACAGCACAAUAAAUACCAGCGCUCACGUACUGAUGGGUAGUCUUGCAUGGAUCCCUUAGCUUUUGUUCAGUGUGCAGGUAGGUAAAAGGAAAGCCAGGUCAGAGGUUUCCUCAGCUUCUGCAGCCUGUUUCUAGGCACUAGAGACUGCUUCUCCUGGUUGCGUUCACAUUGAGAUGGCAGUGGAGCAUGUCUCCUUCCCCAGCUGCAAGUUGCAUUUUUAGCCCCCUGAAAGCUCCAUGAACGGCAGAACUUUUGGGAGAUCUGAUGGGUCUUGUCUCCAUGCCACCAAACACAAGGAAGGCACCAAAGGUUGAGCUGUCAGGGUGUCAUGAGGUUCCUGGCUGCUGGAAAGCAGCAGUAGCCCCAGUUGGAGGUCCAUGGGGGGUGAGCUGGUUGAGCUGGGAACUCUUGGUCAUGGGGAAGAUGUGUAGCUGUAGGACAGAUGGCUGUGGAGGGCUGUGGAGAUGGAUCCUAACGGUGCCUUGGGACAAGGGCAAGCUGACUGUGCUGCUGGCAGCAAGUUGCAUAGGGAAACAGCCAGUGUCAGACAUCAUUGAACCGAGCAGGGGAAGCUAAUGGUGCUUUGCACAGUCAAAAUAGCAAAUAACAAAAGGGCUGCAUGACUUAUCUCUCUUGCCAGUUGUGCAAUGACUUUUUAAUCUUACGUUUAUGCAAAAUAUCCGUGUUUCCAAGGUGGAAAUCACUGUUCUGUGAGGAGUCAUCCUUCAAACAGAGAACAGCAUCUGUCACCGAAGGAGACUUGGUUAGAGAAAUGAGAUCAGAUGGGGAUGAGUCCCACUGAGUCUUUGAGGAGGUGUGAGGGGGGAGUGAAUGAGGUGACACCCAUAUAGGACUUCAUCCUCAGUGAAGGUGAAAAGGCUGUCAGGUUGCCAAGGAUAUAGUUGAUGGUAAGCCUAUGUCUCGUGGGUCUAUGAAUGGGUUUGUUUGGUAGAAACAACAUUCGGAAGAGCACAUUAGAAGAGUCUGAAGCUCAGUUCUCUUUUCAGAGGGUCCUCUGAACAAUAAGUCAUCAGAUGGACGUCCAGUUCCAAGGAAGCAGUGUUCUUCAGAGCCCAGGUACUUUUCUGCCUGCCUUCCCCUCCCAUCCAGUGAGUCACCUGGAGAAGGACAGUCAGGACUACCUGUAUUCAAAAUGCUGCUGCCAAUGCUAGUCUUCCAGUCCUGGAGCUGUGCAUGGCCCUCGUGUUCAUCCCACUGGGUGGUGGGAAGCAGGCUGGGGGAAGAGGCAUCAGCGUGCCAGGCAGUGUCCAUUCUUCUCUCCCUCUAGGACAGGCUCUCCCAGCCAGGAUUCCACAGUGUUUGUCUCUCUCCCGUUUCAUUCCUGCUUUCAUCAGGAAGAUGUUGCUUUGCUAAAAGCAACCCCAGAUCUCUAAACAGCCACUGCCUGGGAGCCCAUUGUUAAGUCCCUACCCAAAACUGAAGUCUUUUUUUUUAUCACAAGUGGUCAGUCCAAGCUAAGAACUUCCCUUCUGGACUGAUCUCUCCUUGUUUCCUUCUCAUUCCUGUCUCUCUUGGAGCCACCUCUUGGGAGGUGUUAAAAGCCUGCUAGCAUAGCUGAUUGUCCAAGUAGCCUGGAGGGCCAAGUAGCCUGGAGGAACAGUUGCCAGUGACACUGCUGCAUAGAGCAGGGGUACCAGCAAGAUGCAAACAGGGGUACCAGCAAGAUGCAAACAGUUGGGGAUCAGCAGGGCUUUGUGCAACAGCAGCCUGUGAAGGGCAGCCUCUUUUCAACUUCCUUGUUAACAGUGACGUGCCUGUGCAGUUUGUGAUAACUGCAGACAUCACAUUGAUAACCAAUGAGCUCCUAGGCAGUGAGGAGGAGGAGGAUGGCUGAGCAAGGCUGCUGGUGUGAGUGCAGAUACUGCAGCCCUGGCAGGGUUUUUUGGGUGGGUUGUCAGUUUGAUGGAUUGAAAAGGCGGGUGGGGAGGCAAUGUGGCCUUUCAUUGCGUUAAUUAAUCCUCGGUUUGGGAAGCAUUUUCUACAGUGGCAAUCAGUUUCAGUGUCUCUCUUCUUCUCAGUCCUUGACAUAGUGAAUUUAAAUUAAAGGCAGCAUGGUCUGUUAGACAGAGCUGGCAUCUGGGGGCAUAAUGUGGGUGAACUGUAGUCUGUGAGAGCCACAGCAUCUCCCAGUGAGGACACACAGUGGGUGGCUGCGAUGCUGGACGUCAGUUGUGCCACAGGUAAGGAUGGCAUUGGUACAGGUAUCUGACUGCUUGUUCUACAGGUAUGAUGGGACAAACUGGGCAAGCUGUAGCCAAAUGGGAUGUCCAGCCAAAUGCACAGCUCGGUGUUGGCUCUGGAGUCUGUGCUUUAUCUGGAUCUGUGGAUAGAAGGGCUGCCCAAAGAUUUUGCUUGUGCUUCAGCUUCACUCCAGUCCUGGCUCUAGCUCUGACCCCCACUCUACCAUGCUCUGCUCCUGGGUUUGCUACCCACAGACAUGGUGCCUUGAUUGGGAGCUGCUGGUCAGCGGAAGCUUACUGUAGGCCAACUUUAUGAGUGGCUCAGCAGUGCAAAGAUCCCAACCAAUGUCCCUUAGAAGUAGAGGUCUUUAAAAGUUAUUUUUGGUCAAGCACCUACCCAAGAGCCUGGAUACUCCCCAUAUCUUCCAGUUUAUUUCUCCUUGGGGUGGAGGCCAGAGGGGUGGCCACAAGCAGCCUUAUGUCCCAGUGAGAUUUCCAGAAGCUCUUGGAGCACAGACAGGGUUUUCUGCAGAGCCUCUGAUGUCAGUGGGAUUCCUGCAGGUCUUUAAAGCACAAGCAGCAUUCAGCUCCUUCUCCUCUCAUCCAAGACCAGUAGACUUUGAACUGGGCUCUUAAAAAUAUUUUCUGGGCAACUCUUGGAGUUAGAUUAAUUUGCUGGAAAUGAUCAGAUCACAGGUGGGGCGGGGAGAGGGUUUCCAAUGGGAACCGAAGCCUCGUAUCUCUUAAAGCUCUGCUGGUUUGAUUUGUAUCCCUGCAUUUCUAAAAUAAAAAGCCAAACAGAUUCUUUUGAGAAAUAAAAGAGAAGAGAAGCGGCAGAAGUGCCCUCUGGCCCUGCACAGUCAGUGCUGGGUGACCUGAAUGUAGAGAUGGGUCGUGCCACUGCUAUGCAGCGUGAGCCCCAUGCGACAGCACAGCUGCAAGGAUGACUUUGCUGCAGCAAUAAUCCUCUCCUGACUUGGCACAAGACAUGUAGCUCACCUCUGUUUUCCCAUGGAUGCCCAGUUUGGGAUUUCUUGAUAGCACAAGCCAGAAUUUGUUGUAGGCAACACGCAACCCUUUCAGCAUUCACAGCCCCAUCUCCAAUGGGAGGAAGCAGCCUGCCUGACGUGCAGCCCUUGUCCUGAUGAAAUGUUCUUGCACUCCACAGCUGCUGAUUUUUUAUGGUGUCUCUAAUGCCAGGUGUUCACCCUAGAUGAGGUUCCUUUGGACAGCGCUGCUUCCAUAGAGGGAUAUUAGCAGUCCUUGUGCUUUCUUGUGGUUUUCAAUUUGGACAAGACCAACUCCUCAUACUGUAACUAUGGAAUGUAGCACUUUGUUAAAGUAAAACAUUGGAAAAUAAAAAGCUGGCCAUCAUAGCUGACU